AUGCUGCCCUCUGAGAUGGACCCUGAUCCAACAGGGUGCCAGAACGGCCUGCAUCAAUAUCAAGCGGCUCUCUCCCGAAAGAUCCCAUUCGCUCUUUGCGCGACCCCAGGGGCCCUUACCGAUCUGAAGCUUGACGACCGUGCUGUUUUAAACGGCCAGCUGGGCCUGGCCAAAGCGUCAAAAGUCAGCAGCAACACUGAGCUCACCCCUGAGGAGGUUGAGCAGAUGCUUCGGCACCUGCGGGUCCUCCAUGCUGCUCUGGCCGCCUACUCGGAGGAGAAGACGGAGACGGGUCUGCUCAGCUCGCUGUUUCACCUCCUGGGCGGUACGCUCCCGCCGUUCGCGGAGCUGAUCGAGAGUGUGCGCAGGAUAUUGAUCAGCGACAAUGGCAAGCUUAUUCAGGCCCUUGCUGUUGCUGGUCUCCUGGGUAGCAUUCAUCGCUCAGAUCUACGGUCACAGUCGGCCCUACUGGAAUCUCCCGGGCCUACUGAAGCUCGCACGAAUUUGCCAGUAACAACUGAUCCCACGGCUACAUCCCCUGACUCGACUGCCACGGAUGGAGACAUCACUGUCACGGUCACAGAGGCUAUCCCUGAUACCGCAGGCCCAGUGACUGCUCUGGACACCACAACAACCACUUCGACCACAACAGUCACUGGCUCGGAUGCUACGUCAGCUGGUAUGGGAAAAUCGACCACUUCAGAGGCUGCCCCAAUUAGGGAUGAUUCAGCGUCGAUGGCUGCGGAGACCACCUCUGCCCCUGAGUUCCUAGAUGUUUCAUUCACGGAUCCGGUGAGUUCAUCUGAUUCGGCAUCGGAGACCGCCUCUCUCACAGAUGAGACCCCGGCACCGACGACUUCGGAUUCGUUGACAAUUACUGCUCCCACUUCUACUGUCAAUGAGAUGUCCAGCUCUGAGCCUACUUCCGAUAGUCUGUGUCAUCUCGGCCACCGCGUUGGCUGCGACUUCGCCAUCAGAGGCCGCAUCUGCGACAGCCACAGAGAUCUUGAUUACCAGCAAGCUUAUCUCCAGUGA